AUGGUUCUUACGAUCACAACGCUUGAAGACUUGGAGAAGCAACUUAAAGAUGAAAGUAAUGCGGAUAAACUAAUCGUUUUGGAUUUCUUCGCUACAUGGUGUGGUCCGUGUGUCCGUAUUGCACCAAAGAUAGAAGAUUGGAGCACUGGCGACCACAAGGAUGAUGUAGUUUUCCUUAAAUGUGAUGUUGAUGAAGCUGAAGACGUUGCAAAGAAAUACGACAUUGAAGCUAUGCCGACAUUCGUCCUUUUCAAGAAUGGAGAAGAGAUAACUCGUGUGGUUGGAGCGAAUACCGCAGAUCUGAAGAAGACUAUCGAAGACAACGUCAAAUCGAAAUCUGAUGAUUAA